AUGCCGUUCACGACGGGUUCCAACGGCGAGACGCAGCCCUACUAUGGCCCUGUUGGACCAUCCGCGCCUCUUGUCCUGCCUGCGCCCGAACGUCAUCAGCAACGUCCCCAGCAACCGGUUAAGCUGACUCCGAAGAAACCUACAGGAAAUUCCGUCUUGAAUGAUGGAGGCAACGCGCCAGUUCAGAGCUCCAUGUCCGCGACGGGUGGCACACGUGUGCAGUCUGCAGCUUACCAAAGAGCGGCUUUGGAUGUCAACUCUUCCUACAGGCCUAACGGGAAGCGGAAUGCAACUGCCAGUUCUUCGUUCGAUCAAGGAGUUAGGCAGGGCUCGCUCUUGGGCCCUGCACGCUCCGAAACUGGUCAAAAUGCGCCGCAAGAGCAGCUGCAGACCCCAAGUGCAUCGAAAGCGAUAGGCAGCGGUCAGUCACAGCCUCAAGGCGAACCCAAAGGCUGGGAGAAGAUCCCGCACGCUGAUGACUCAAUCCACGGCCCAGUGUUCCGCCGAUCUCCAACCAAGGACAACAGACCUCGCUCAUACUCCAGGGUAUCGACCAAAGCAGACUACUACUGCACAAACCAACAUCCCAAGACUGCCCACAAGUAUUUUUACACGCCUUGUUCUUGUAACAAGUGUGAGGAACGCGAACGCUCUGUGUAUGUUCAGCUGAAACCAAUCCUGCGAAUGGCUUCGGGCGUCCUCCUGAGCAAGAUCCAUGAGAUCAUGUCCCAGUGGGGAGAGGUUGAACAUGUCUCCCAGUUACCACUAGCGGAGCAUACCGCAGACUUCGCUUGCUUCUUUGUCAGAUUCAAGGAUGGCUCAAGGGUAAGAGAGAUCUCGGCCAUGGAUGACUUCAAGAGCAACGUGGUGGAUUCCAUGAUCAGGACUGGCGCGAUGCACCAUACAAAGUAUGGCGAAGACAUGCUUGAAGACCACAGGCGCGACAACGAGCAGAUCGGCUCGACAAACCAAACUGGUUCAUAUCAGCCAGCGUGGAAAGGUCAGUCGAGCGGCUUUGGACAGACCCAGCUUCCGCAUAACCGCCGCGACUCGAGGGCACAGGUGUCCUUGGAGCAGUACAUGAAGCCUUCGCGUCAGCCGUCGCAGGCCAACGUUGCGACGAGCCAUGGCUCAUCAACUCCGCUGCCCGAGAAGGACCCGCGAAAGGUAGCUGGGCUGAUCGGAGAAGCCAAAACGAUUGGAAACUUGUGGACCAAGCGCGCUUCCGCAGCGGUGCCUCAAACUUCUGCCGAAGCCGAGUCUCAGUCCAAGCCACCUUCUGAAGACAUUAUCCCAGAUAUAGAGCAGACAAACCAGUCUUCCAGCCCUCGUGCUCCCGUGAGCAGUUCGGGCAAGAGCGUCAACAAAGCCAUUGUGGUCAAUUUGCCGACCACGCCGCAGAAACCCAAGGCUAACACGAGCACACAUGUAUCCGCAUCCGACGAGAACACCACGCCUACAAACACGAUGGCUUUCACUCCUAAGGGCAGCGAAGCAUCUGUGAAGCCAGUCAAGAUGGUUCCUUGUACAUCAACCGCCACUGACUGCGAGGUUUCACCCUCGUAUGGACAGAAGAAAAAGUUGCAAACGCCUAGCGACCAGGCUCCUGGCGCAAAGUCCACCGCCGAGAAGAGUGAUCCGUCUCAAUCGGAGAGCCCUCCCCCCGACAAGGGCAAGUACAGAAAGGUUUUCUCGCAGAAAGAUGACCACAGCAUCGAGGUUUUCGACGCGCGAGUGCUCAACGUUGCCGCAAAGGAGCCCCAAUCGGCUGUCGAUAGCUCGAGUAUAGAAGAGCACCCCGUUGAGCAAGCAAACGAGCUCACGCGCGCCGGCCACGAGCUUGACAGUUUGAUCGAUUUGAGUCGGGACCAGGAGGCUGUUGGCACGACUGUUGCUGUCGAGAGCUCCACCAAGAAGAAGAACAAGAAGUCCAAGAAGAAGAAGAAGACCGCUUCCGCGGACCAAGGUGAGGCAAGCAAUGUACAGCAGACUGUAAACGACGGCGCCAUCAACAGCGCAGACCAACAAGACCCAGAAGCCUCGAUGCCACUCACCACCGAGAUAGUAGAGGAUAAUGAGCCUGCAACCCUCAGAGAAGUCAUGGCCAAGGCAAAGCGGAUAGUUGGAGGGAUGGGUGCCAAACCAGGCAGUGCGAACCAAACUGCCAUCGAAAUCCCUACGAAUGUUGUCCAGCAAGACGCGGAGCCAUUUGUCGCUGGAACAACGGAGAAGCCCGAGUCGGAAGUUCCGAACAACACCGCAAAGGGCGAACAGAUCGCCAGGACAGAGUGCAAUGAGCCACAGCAGUCAACCGAGAAGUCUGAUGUUCCAGAGACUGCCACCAAAACUUUCCGGGCGAAUGCUGGCGGAUCGUUGCGAAUGCCCAAGACUCGGAAGAAGCAACCUGCCCAGUUGCAACUCGCUGGCCCAUCCGCUUCCGAAGGCGCAAUACUGAAGGACUUGAUGCACCUCGAACUUUGGAUAAUGGACUUCCUUCUGCUACGAGCACCGCGCUUUUCAGUUCUAUCACAGGCCAGGAAAAUCGCUCUAGCGAUGGGUCGCCUGUGA